AUGCAUUAUAGAUUUUUCAGAGACAGUUUUGUUGGUAGAAUGGUUUACCAUUUAUCCAAACAUAAAUAUUUCAGUCAUAAAGAAGAAUCCCCUGAUUAUAUCGUUCCAGAGAAAUAUCUUUCUGAGUUCAAACAAUUACCUAGAUCAGAAUCAAAUCAAGAAAAUUUCGAUAAAGAUAAAGAAUCUGAUUUAGAAAACGCGUCUAAUUCAACAGCAACUGGAGAUGUUGAUGAUGGUAAAAUAAUUGUUACUUGGGAUGGUGAUGAUGAUCCUGAAAAUCCACUUAAUUGGCCAUUUUAUCAAAAAGCUUUUUUUAUUUUCCAAAUUUCAUUCUUGACUACUUCUGUAUAUAUGGGUUCUGCAGUUUAUACUCCUGGUAUUGAAGAAUUAAUGCAUGAAUUAGGUGUUGGUAGAGUUGUUGCUACUUUGCCAUUAACAUUAUUUGUUCUUGGUUAUGGAUUAGGUCCAAUGAUAUUUAGUCCAAUGUCUGAAAAUGCCAUUUUCGGUAGAACUUCAAUUUAUAUUGUUACAUUGGCUAUAUUUGUCAUUUUACAAGUUCCAACAGCUUUGGUGAAGAAUAUUGCAGGAUUAUGUAUUUUACGUUUCUUGGGUGGAUUUUUUGCAAGUCCUUGUUUAGCCACUGGUGGUGCUAGUGUUGCUGAUGUUGUUAAUUUUUGGAAUGCUCCAAUUGGUAUUAGUGUAUGGAGUCUUGGUGCUGUUUGUGGACCUUCAUUGGGUCCAUUUUUUGGAUCAAUUUUAACAGUUAAAGCAGGCUGGAGAUGGACUUUUUGGUUUAUGUGUAUUAUUAGUGGAUUUUCAUUAUUCAUGUUGGCAUUCACCCUUCCUGAAUCUUUCAGUAAGACUUUAUUGCGUCGUAAGGCUCAACGUUUAAGAGCAGUUACUGGUAAUGAUAGAAUCACUAGUGAUGGUGAAGUUGAAAAUUCCAAAAUGACAACUCAUGAAUUGAUUGUUGAUACUUUAUGGAGACCAUUGGAGAUUACAAUCAUGGAACCGGUUGUUUUGUUGAUUGAUAUUUACAUUGCUAUGGUUUACAGUAUUCUUUAUCUUUUCUUUGAAGUUUUCCCAAUUUAUUUUGUUGGAGUUAGAGGAUUUACUUUGGUUGAACUUGGUACCACUUUCUUUUCCGUGUUGAUUGGUAUUGUUGUUGCCUGCUCUAUUUACUUGCCUAUCAUCAAACGAAUUUUCACUGAUAGAAUUCUCAGAAAAGAACAGGUUUUCCCAGAAGUUUUCAUUCCAUUAGCUAUAGUUGGAGGUUGUUUGUUAACCGGAGGACUAUUCAUAUUUGGAUGGUCAGCAACUAGAACUACUCAUUGGAUUGGGCCCUUAUUUGGUGCUGCAGUUACCUCAUCUGGAGCAUUUAUAAUUUUCCAAACAUUAUUUAAUUAUAUGGGUGCAUCAUUCCAGCCUAUUUAUAUUGCAUCUGUGUUUGCAUCUAAUGAUUUAUUUAGAUCUACAGUUGCUUCUGUGUUCCCAUUGUUUGGUGCUCCAUUGUUUAAUAAUUUAGCAACGCCAAAUUAUCCUGUUGGUUGGGGUAGUUCAGUUUUGGGAUUCAUUACACUCGUGAUGAUUGCCAUCCCAGUGUUUUUCUAUUUGAAUGGUCCAAAAUUAAGAGCUAGAUCCAAAUAUGCUAAUCAUUAG